AUGGAGGAACCUGGAAGAUUUUGCGAGAAAUGCCAGAAGUUCAACUUGAGCACAGCAGCCUUCCGCUCAUCGCCCUACAAUGAGCAGCGGAUGCAUCAGCUGGGUAGAUUCGUCGAAGUCGAAGCGCGCACCAAUUGCGCUCUUUGCCGGUUUCUAACUGAAGCCUUUCUUAAUGGACCGGGCACCCGUGAAGUUUUGCAAAAUAAAGCUUUAGUCCAGGGUACAUGGUCCUCUAUAUCAGAAGGCCAGCCAAAUGCUUCUUUGUUAUUUUGGCUUGUAGCGAACAGCGAGGUCGACAAAAUCGAAUUCAGCAUUAGACAUGUCAGAGAUGAUGAAGUACCCAUGCUCGGAGAUGCGAGGGUUAUAAACGAUGCGUUUAUCAACGUAAAUCUGGUCAAAAAGUGGAUUAAUCUUUGUGAAAAGGAACAUAAAUGCAAGAGCGUUCCUAUAGAAGCAACACGAGCUUCUCAGCUACCUGACGGAUUUAUGGUGAUCGACGUUAUUGAUAAAUGUCUUAUCAACAAGUCACAUCCGUGUCGAUACCUGGCGCUAAGCUAUGUGUGGGGUAAUAGCAUAGCUUUCAUGACGACUUCUCACAACGUCGAUGAGCUACGAGCGAACGGCUCGAUUCGAGACAUCUGGAAUCAGCUAUGUCCGACAAUUCAAGAUGCUAUACUGUUUACUCGCCAACUAGGGGAGCGUUACAUCUGGAUUGAUAGUCUGUGCAUAUUACAGGAUAAUGCACAGAAUGCGGCCGCUAAUAUUGAGGCUAUGGACUCGAUAUAUAGAUACGCGACAAUAGUUUUGCUAGUUGCAGAAGACAAUGCAGCACUGAGGGGCUUGCCCGGAGUUUCGAAUCCUCGUCAAUUACAUCAAUUUCGCUCAGAGCUUCUGCCUGGAUUACCUGUUCUAGGUCGCUUUAACCACAGCGCGUACAUGGAGCGAGCCAAAUAUAGAUCGCGAGGAUGGACUUAUCAAGAAGAACAGCUUAGUACACGAGCGCUUAUUUUCGCAAACGACCAGUUAUAUUUCGUAUGCCCUUCACAUGUUUUUGGGGAAGAUAUUCAUGAAGGAAACCAGUUAGGGCCGGAUAAACUUCUUAGAUUCCCAGACAUUACGUCCAAGUAUAUCUGUGAGGGUCAAGCUCAGUCCAUUAUGUAUUUCCGAGCUGUACAAGCUUAUACUCUGAGAACCUUGACCUUCCCAUCUGAUACGCUGAAGGCCUUCAGCGGCAUAGGUGCUGUGUUGAGCCAGGCGCUUUCAUCGCCACUGAUUUACGGACUCCCUGCGUCUAUUUUUGAUCUAGCUCUUCUCUGGCAGCCGGCUGGUAAAAUGAGCCGGAAAGAAGGCUUCCCUUCGUGGAGCUGGGCUGGGUGGCAUGGCGCUGCGCAGUGGAAUGGAGAUACAAUGGAGCUUGCGUCGUAUGGACCUCUGCCAAGUCCCAGGCAAGAACAAGAAGUAAUAACAACAUGGAUUAGGACGCGCACUUGGAUUGAAUGGAAAUACAGAGAUGAAGAUGGAACUGAAAAACUGGUAUGGAACUAUAACAGAGAGGGGAAAGCCGGGUGUAUGUUUUGGCCUUCCUCUGGAUAUAACGAGAUUUUAGAAAUUGGCUACGACUCCAAGGCUGCGACUAAAAAAAACCCCUUUGGUCGUCACUUCAACUCUGAUUCAGUCAUAUCAGGUUAUAAAUCUCGCUACCUAUCGCCAACCGCCGUGAGCUCCUAUCUGACAAAUAUUCCUGAUAAUCUCCAGCCUCUAUAUUUUCAGACACUUUCGGUUAAAUUCUACAUCAAACCUUCAGACUGUUACCUUCGUUAUGGCUCUGUUGAUCCGGUUUGGGAGCCAAAUGGGCGUGUGGUCUUUUUGCUGUAUACUGAAGACUUACACACCUGUGGUUACGUUUUACUUGAUGAAAUAUGGACGUCUAGAUUUUCCGCUAAAGAGCCUUAUGAGUUUUUACUUCUUUCGGAAGCAAAUUAUCACUGUGAAUGGAGACGCCCGCAUGAUGACCACCCAUACAAAAGGUUCUACAGCUAUCAAGAUUAUGAAGAGUUUCACACUAUGAUGAUAGAGUGGAAAGCUGUUGGCAGAGACGGUGCUAACGCUGCUGAGAGAGUCGGUCUGGGAAGAGUUCUAAAAGAGGCCGUAAGGAAUACUGAUGCGAGGAUUAUGGCUUGGAAAGAAGUUACUCUUAUUUAA